AUGGAGGCGAAGCUCACUACCAGUCUUGCUAUCCUCACCGCACUACUCAUCAUGCAUCACCCCUCUAUCACAGCCGCCGCCACCAUUGCCCACCACACAACAACGCCGGCCAACGCUAGCUUGGCCGCCGGUUUCAGCCUCCAGCUGGUGGUCCCCGACCACGACGACCUAGACCACACCGUCCGCCGCGGCAGCGACGGCUUCCUGCAUCUGCAGAGCCUCCGCACCGACCUACCGCCACGCCCGCCAUCAGGCGCUAACAGCUCCUCGGCGGCGAGCGCCACCACCCUACGCCCAGAGAUGACGUACACCCCGCUACGCCUGCCAAAAGCCUUGGUCAUCGGCGUCGGCACCGGCGCCGGGCACCAGGACUACCUCUUCCAGGUCGUCGACACCUCGAGCCACCUGAUAUGGAUGCAGUGCAUGGGGUGCGACCCGCACUCCCCGCAGCGCCACCGUCUCUUCGACUCGACCACCUCGCCGACUUACCACCUCGUCGCCGGCACCGACCCGUUCUGCCGGCCGCCCUACUGGUCCGAGUUCAACGGGGAAGCAUGCGCUUUCCGCUUCGACGGCCCGAGGGACAUGUCCGUCGAGGGCUACUUGGGCACCGACCAGCUGACCUACAACAACGCGGUGCACCAGAACGUCCCCUUCGGUUGCGCUCACAAGGCCCACCAUUUCCAGAACGACGGCGUGUUCGCCGGCGUCAUCGGCGCGGCGGCCGUGGCCCGCGGGCUCACGCGGUUCUCCUACUGCCUCUUCCACGGCGGCGAGACGAACCGCCAGGGAUUCCUCCGUUUCGGCACCGACGUCCCGCGCAACCCGCGGUACAGGACCACCGAGAUCCUGCCGGCGGCGGCGCUCGACGCCGCCCAUGACUCGUCGGGGCACUACGUUAGCCUCGUCGGCGUCAGCCUGGGCGCCCGCAGGCUCGACGGGAUCCGGCCGGAGAUGUUCGCCCGCCGCGAGGACGGGCAGGGAGGGUGCGUGGUCGACCUCGGCACGCCGGUGACGGUGAUGGCUCGGGCGGCGUACGACGUCGUCGAGGAGGCCGUGUGGUCGGACCUCGAGCGCCACGGAGCGGAGCGGGUGGGGCGGCGCGGGUACGGCCUCUGCGUCCGGGCGUCGGAGGCGAUGAAGGGGCGCCUCCAGUCGCUGUCGCUUCACUUCUCCGGGGACGAGGAAGCGGUGCUGGUAGUCGCGCCGGAGCAGCUGUUCUUGAUGAUGGAUGACGAGCAGGGGCGGAUCGCGUGCCUUGCCGUAACGCCGGGACGCCGAACCGUCAUCGGCGCGUUGCAGCAGGUGGAUACGCGGUUCGUGUUCGACCUGAAGGACUCCAAGCUUUCGUUUGCACCGGAGUCGUGCAUCCGGGACACCGUACCGUCGAAGCCGUUUAAAUGA